CUGGCCUGGCCUGGCCUGGCUUGUCCUGUCAGGACUCAGGCGGCGGCUCCGGGACGAUGUCGCUGCAGUAUGGCGGGGGGGACGAGGCGCCGCUCUCCGGUAGCUACGGCGCGGCUGACUCGUUCCCCAAGGACUUCGGCUACGGCGUGGAGGAGGAGGAGGAGGAGGCGGCCGUGGUGGCGGCGGCGGGCGGAGGCUCGGCCGGGCCCGGGGCGGGCGGCGGCUGCGGCGCGGGCGGCGGCGACAGCUCCAAGCCGCGGAUCCUGCUCAUGGGCCUCCGGCGCAGCGGCAAGUCGUCCAUCCAGAAGGUGGUUUUUCAUAAAAUGUCACCCAAUGAGACCCUCUUUUUGGAAAGCACCAACAAAAUUUACAAAGAUGACAUUUCCAAUAGCUCCUUUGUGAAUUUCCAGAUAUGGGACUUUCCUGGGCAAAUGGACUUUUUUGACCCAACCUUUGACUAUGAGAUGAUCUUCAGGGGCACAGGGGCAUUAAUAUAUGUCAUUGACGCACAGGAUGACUACAUGGAGGCUUUAACAAGACUUCACAUCACUGUUUCUAAAGCCUACAAGGUUAAUCCAGAGAUGAACUUUGAGGUUUUUAUUCAUAAAGUUGAUGGCUUGUCUGAUGAUCACAAAAUAGAAACUCAGAGGGACAUUCAUCAGCGGGCCAAUGAUGACCUUGCGGAUGCUGGGCUAGAAAAACUCCAUCUUAGCUUUUAUUUGACUAGUAUCUAUGACCAUUCAAUAUUUGAAGCCUUUAGUAAGGUGGUGCAGAAACUCAUUCCACAACUGCCGACCUUGGAAAAUCUAUUAAAUAUCUUUAUAUCCAAUUCAGGUAUUGAAAAAGCUUUUCUCUUCGAUGUUGUCAGCAAAAUCUACAUUGCAACAGACAGCUCCCCUGUGGAUAUGCAGUCAUAUGAGCUGUGUUGUGACAUGAUUGAUGUUGUAAUUGAUGUGUCUUGUAUAUAUGGGGUUUCAGAUCCCAGCAGUGACCUGAAAGAAAUGGGAAGGAGAGGGUUAAAGGAAGAUGGCAGUGGAAGUGCAUAUGAUAAAGAAUCUAUGGCAAUUAUCAAACUAAAUAACACAACUGUCCUUUAUUUAAAGGAAGUGACAAAAUUUUUGGCACUGGUCUGCAUUCUUAGGGAAGAAAGCUUUGAACGUAAAGGUUUAAUAGAUUACAACUUCCACUGUUUCCGCAAAGCUAUUCAUGAAGUUUUUGAGGUGGGUGUGACCUCUCACAGAGCCUGCAGCCAUCAAGCCAACCCCUGUGCCAUGAAAGCAGUGACUCACAAUGGCGCACCAAGAAAUGCCGUCUAGUGGGAACAUGGGCCAAGGAGCUCUUCCUUGGCCCUUUCUCCAACCUUGAGUCAGAUGUCAUAUGUGACAGGACCGGCAAUAGCUGGGGUUUGUGGGAAUCUGGUACCAGUUCCAGUGGAUAGAGGGGUUUAUUUUCUGAUUUGGACAAAAGCCCCUUCAACUGGUAUUGCACAACUGAAGCUACUGUGUUUCUUACAAACAAAAACAAAAAAGCAAAAAGCAGAAAAUGAAAAAAAAAAAACACUUGAGGCCACUGAAGUUAACAUUGGAAACUCCAGGUUUUUUUGAGUGUGUGUGUUUCCUCUUUUGAGUCCUCCCUUAGUAGUUUGAGUAUAUCAGACUUGGAGACAAAUGCAAAUUAAACUCCUCCUUUUGAUGGAGAGUUUCAGUGAUUGCCAGUUGAGUGUAAUGGAAAAGACAGAUUUAUCCCAAGCUUCACCCAGGUUGUCAUUUGAUUAGUCUAAAAUACCCUGCCUUGCUUGAGUUCUAACACUGCCUCUCCAAUUCCAAUGGUGGACACCACACACUGAAAACCAAUCCACUAAUGCACUUGCUCUCUAACUCAGAAGACAAACAGUGUGACUGCAUCGAAAAUUUCACUAUUCUUUCUUGAAGAAAUGAAGAAAAUUCCAACCCUUGUCAACUGGAAUGCAGGGCUCAACUCUAGCUACCCACAUCUCCAAAGUAUUGAGGAAAAAGCUUUGAGACUGUAGAGAAAUUUCACACUUGAGUUUUGGGCACCAAAAUGGCUUGUUUCUCUCUCCUGAAGAUGACAGAUGACCACAAUUUUCACUUUCACGAUCAGGAUUUAAUGUAACCAAGGGAAUAUUUUUAACUUGACUUCAUAUUUCACUCUUCUGUGGAAGAAGUGUUCAUCAUGUCAUGAAAACAUUUAGCUCACCCCUCCUUAACCUUAUUCUAGCUACCCUGAUAGGAGCAAAAUAUAUAUAUAUAUAUAUAUGUAUGUAUGUAUGUAUGUAUGUAUGUAUAUUUUUUUCUCGGAUAAUAGAUGUCUGUAUGUCCAGCUGCUGUUGUUUGUCAGACUGAUCCAGAAGGCAUCAAUAGCUUGUAACAUGCUGGGUCCACUUCAGUCUGUUUGGGAAUGGGAGAGAGAGCACGUGGUCCCAAGCCUGUGUUUGGUUUACAUUCUUCGUCUCCAGUAUUCUGACACCAAGUGUCAAAUGUGGUACUUUUCUUUACCCACAAUAUUAAUUCUUGAUCGUUUUCUUGAUGGUGAUUGAAAUCUUUUCAGUUGAUUGAAAUAUGCAUAUUGUUUUCCUCCAGAUGCCCAAUAGUUACAUGUGUAAAAGCCACUGGAGUACAUAAGUGCCACUGUUAUAUUAAAUCUGUAUAUUAAGUUCUAUAACCCUAACAGUGAGACUUGGAGUGCUUUCUGCAGACGAUUCUGAUUGUUGAGUAUUUACAUGGACCAUGGUGAUAUCCAAAAGAAAAAAUGCUUUUAUAUUUAUAGAUUCUUUCAUUGAACUAUAUCAAAUGGGUAUCAAUAAAUGUCUUUACUCCAA